CUACGAACACCUUCUAUAGCGUCACCCAAGUAAGACCGGCAACGGACCGGCGACGUGGUAUGAUUCCUGGAAUAUAACUACGUUAAAUUAUUUUCAUUUUGUUCUUUUAUGGGCUAAGACUGCUUUCUGGUGUUUUAUAAGAGAAGAUGGCCUUAGAUUUGAGACUUACGGACUUACUGGAUCGUGACAGGUAAAAUGGCAUCAAGUAUUGAUCAUAUUAUUUCAAGUUAAACCUGUACGAAGUUUAGAAUAAUAAAAGGGCAAUUCCUCGUAUAUAAGGAACGAGACUUUGAUAUAGAUUCACAUUUAUGGACACUAAAUUAGACAGGCAUUUACUACAGCUAUUAUUUUUAGGACAACACUGUGAUAAUAGAUAUAUAAAAAGAUGAAAGCAUCAACCUAAAGAACACAAUAGUGGAUCUCGAGCUCAGAACCAAAUUCCUGUAAAUAACACUUUUAGAAGACUGGCUAACAGAAAGGAGAGUGACUACUGAGUUACUGGGAGUAAAAGCGCUAACUUUUGAAAAUCAAGAUGUCACUUCAAAGUAUCAUUUACUUUGUAAAUUUCCUUUGCGAUCAUAUUUCCUUACAAUAAACAAAUACAUGGAGCCUACUAAUAUAUGUUUGUUAUGUAAACUCGCAGCUAGAAGCACUUGUUAUCUGGUGACAAUAUUUUUCAAUAGUCUGUCCUCUAAUAUGUAAAUGUAUGACCUUAUCAAUUUUGAGUCAAUUGAGCCAAAAAUUAGACUAUUACGAUUAUUAUUUGUAUGUGACAUCACCCCCUAGCAAAGUUUCCCCACGUUCUAUUUCUCCAUAUCAUUGUUAUAUCCCUCCCAACUUAUGACCUAAGUAUAAGUUUUUAAACAUAUUUUGAGAUAAGUUUCAAAGCUUGGAAGGUCAACAGCCUGAGUAUCAAAACCUUCAAACGAUGAGUGCCUUCAUAAGAGUCUACCCUGAGAAGGAAGCAAAAACUGAUUGAGAGUGACUUGACCUCAUGAUUGGGGCAACUCAACCAUACUUUGCAGCAAUGGAGCUUCAUGUAGGGCUAUGGACCUUAGGGAGACUGUGCAAAGGGGGCAAUUUCACUUGUUAAAUAAUUAUUUCAUGAAGCUAUUGUUUUGUUUGUUUGAUUCUAGGCUGCCAGGUGGUGGAGGACCAUUACCACUAUUGUUAUACAUUCCAUGUGGCCUCCUGCUUGUGAUAUUUAGAAUCUUCUUCGGACUUCAGCUUCUUCUUAUGUUGACAGUGUUACCCAAAGGAUCAAUAAUAAGGAGGUGAGAAACUAUGUCACUGUACAGCUGCUCCUAAAGAGGUCUGAGAUUAAAAUUCAUGUGUGGUCAGGUUUAACCACAAAUUCCAAUUAUAGCUUGAAAACUGCAUGCAUGAGUGCAAGCUUUCACAUAUGCUGUAUCUCCUUGGAUAUAUGCCAAUGCUCUAAUAAAUGUCGUCCACUCAAUAAGUGUCACCCCCCUGUGCCACAUUGUCAAACAAGCACCCCUCUGGGGUAAGUGCACCCCUCUAGGGUAAGUGCACCCCUCCUCUCUCAUUUCCUUGAAUAGUAGGGAUGCAAGAAAUAUCUGUUUCUAUUACCACUUUGUUUAUCACUCUUCAAGCUUUAAAUACAAUGAAGUCAGUACAGGUGUAUAAAUUGGACUUGCUUUUCAAAUGCUUUGCGCAUUGUUUUUACAUACCUAUGAAAUUUACAUAUCUGGAAAAUUAAAGUGAGGAAAUGGUAUUGAGGUGGUGUCUAAACUUGACUGUCACAAAUGAGUGAGUAAACAUAUGCAGGUAUGCAUAUAUAGUGUGAAGUAAAGACAGAGUCUUUAUUCAGAAAAAAAAAUGCUGGUGCCAAAGAACUAGGAUGUGUCUUGAAAGACUACCAAUCGAAUAGAAAUGAUUGUCUUUUGACAUGCUUGAAAUGAUCCAAUACUUUUUAAAUAUGUUUACAAGCAUUACCAUUACUAAAAUAUUAUAUGUUCCAGCUCAAUGUGAAAUUAAUUAGAUGAGUUAUUUUAAUGAUCACUAGUAUUACAAAAUUAUUUUAAUAAACUAGAUGUGCUUAAAGGCCUUAACAUGAGAAGCUAAAAUUGUGUUCCUUUUGAUUUUGUAGGAUUCUUCUCAGAGUAUCUAGUAAGAUAUUAGGGAUUGCUGUAACCCAUGAGGGAUUUGAAAACUUUAAUAAAGAUCAGCAUAAGGUACUAAUAAAGAUUCUUCAACAUUGCUUAUUUGCUAAGAACUGUUUGUGUUUUGGCAUCAAAAGAAAUCCAGUAUUUCAUUGGUUUUGCUUGUGUUCAUGCUGUGAUUAGUCUACAAAACUUGCUCCCCACCAUAGUUUACACGGUCAUAUAGAUAAUGGAUGAGUGCCCUGUCAAUAACUUAUCACUGUGUUAUAUUCAAUAACUUCUAGAAAGCUAAAUUACUCUGAGAAUGAGAACAGAAUGCCAUCAUCUCAAAAACUGCAAAACUUAAAAGUUCUUGAACAAAAGGACAAUUAACUGUGGUGUACAUGUUUUUCAUUUAUUCUUUACAGCUUGUUGUCACCAAUCAUGUUACAUGCCUGGAUAAUGUUGCUGUUGAAACAAUACUUCCUAGUGUUAUGGUUAGUCUGACCUAUAAGUUGUCUUAAUGACUGAGUUUUAGUCUUAAAAUUCAGCUCAGACAAUUGGGAGGGGGCUUGUUACUUUAAGACAAAAAUCAAAAGUAAGCGAAAUUGAGAGAUAUCUUUAUUAUUAAUUUCUGAGUAAAAAGGCAAAGUUUCACUGUUUCUAUAAACUUUCAAGUGAUUUUGCUGACCAGUAUCUGGACUGGUGGCUGGAACAUGCCACAUUUGAAUCUGAUUCACAAACUAGCUUGACAAUUUGUUUGGGGACUUUUUCGGUCUGUGAUUAGUGCUGUUUGAAGCUUAUACUGCAAGUGGUUACAGAGCUGACUGAAAUUUUAAACCUUUGUUACUGUGGUGACUCGACCCCAUUGCCUGGCAGAAGUAGUUGAAAUAAAUGAAGCCAUAUGCUACUAUUACUACUACUGAUAAUGACUCUAUAUCAUUAGACAAACUAUCACCUACAAGUUAAUUGAUAUCUACAGUGAAAUGUUGUAUUCAGCAAAGACCUUGUGAUAUUUUCCAGCCAUACAGCAGAUGUGAUUGUCCAUGGCUUUUAAAGUGGGUCCUAGGGUAUCAAGAAUUUAGUGCUGACAAACAAAGAGAAAAUGUAGACAGAGAGAUUAAAGAGUACUUACAGGGUAAGAGCUACAGGUGUAGUUGAUUUAAUGUAGUUUUGGUGUUGUGUGUAAAAUAGGGUGUAAAGGAUUUUUUGGAGAAGCUCAACUCUACAAUGUGUCACUUUCUUUUGUGCUCUAAAAUGUUGGACUGAUACUGCACAAUCCUCAUUUAUUUAGAGUUGUAUUAAUAAUAAUUAAUAAAAAAUAAGGAAUAACAAAAAUACUAUUGACUUUUUCGGAUUUCAGCUUUUUGUCACAAGAAAGUUUGAUUAUCACUGGAUGUGUUAACUUAAUGAGAAACAUUUAUAUACAGGGCGCCACUGUGCACAAGGGUCUUAGUUGAAAAAUUGGGAACCAAUUUAGAAAAAUUAUGUACUGAAAGUUUUACAUUGGUGUACUUUGAAAAAGUUUUUAUUACAUUUUCAGUUUUAAUGCCCCUGAUUAGACAAGAAGUGUAAGGGAGGCUGUGAUAUGAGGGAUAUUACCGGUAUUAGGAGUAUAUUAAGCUUUUUUGUAUGUACCCCUUUGCACCCUAACAUUAGCAUUCAUAUUCUCUGCACUGGUACUGGCAAGGAGAAUUUGUUCGACAAUCAGAAGCUUCUUGAAUUUAUUUUCCUUUUUUCUCCCUUAACUUUUAAUUCAAGGGUAAUACUGCAAGGAGAAAUAAGAAAGCGUCACUCUUAAGGGUUUAAGGGUUCAAAUCCUUUGUGAGCAGGAUGAACUUAACUUGAAAAGGGGAGUGAUAAAAGCUAAGUUUUUCAUUUGUCUCACGAUGUAGUCACGUGUGAUGGGAUCUACAUCACAUGUGACUACAUCAUGAGGCAAAUGAAAAACUUAGCUUUUAUUGUUAUUCACCACGAUGAAUAACCACAACCUUUUCUACGAAAUUAAAAGAGGAAUAGUUCCCACUCAGGUGAUGGUAUUGAUGUAUUUGCCUUCAAAUUAUCUUUUUUCCCUGUAAUCAAAUACUUAGAUCUAGAAUAUUUUUUCUAACUAACAACAUCUGUAGCAAUCAAAAUGUUAUUUGAAGGUAAAGAAACGUUUCUAACUUAUAGUGGCAAUAGUUUGAUCCUUAUUUCAUUGUAUAUCUAUUGUUGUUGCAAUUAUAGUUUUUUUUUCUUUUGUUUAGGGUCUGACUUUCCUCUUCUGGCAUUUCCAGAGGAAAAAAUAACCAAUGGAAAGAGAGGCCUUUUAAAAUUCAAGUAUGUAUCAUACAGUUUUUCUUAAUCUUAAUCUAAAUCUAAAUCUAAAUCUAUUGAGUCAGUAAAAUCACACAACAUCACACAAACUCUAAAAAUAAUAAUAACAAUUUAAUAAUGUUAAAAAUCUAAGAGCUUAACAUCAUACAAUAAUAUAAAUUCUGAAUAAAAACUAGUACAGUAGAAUAUUAAAAACUACUGAGUACCUUAGACCUAAAACUGUUAACAAACGAUGUAUUUUCUGCCAUUAACAAUGAUUAAGUACUUUUAAAGAAAUUUUACACUUUUUAGAUGAGCAGUUUUAUUUUCAUUCAGUUCCUUAAUUACAAAGUAAUUCAGCUGCCAUCAUAGUGUGUAAAGUAAUAACACCCAACAUUUUACUGCAUAUUUAGUACCUUUCUAAGGCUUGAAACUUAAUGUAGUUAAGUUUCAACCAAAUUAGUUCUUCAUGAAUUAUUGGCUAUUGGGGCCAGGAUCAUGGCAUUGGCAUUUGGUCAUGAUAAUUACCAACAUUGACUGUCAACUUGAUAAGUUCAAAAUGUGACUGAUGAAUAAUUUGAUGCAUUUCUGACAAAGUUUGUUUGGUUUUCCUUACUGUUACAGCCCAUGGUGUUUCCAGUUUAGCAGCACUGUAUUACCUGUAAGUGGUAUUACUGGCAAUAUCUUCUCUGUCUUUGAAUAAAUUUUACCUUGAUAACUAAGAUUAACACAAUUCUAGUCACUGAUGGGUAAGGGAGUUGUAAAGAUUAAUAUCAUGGAAAUGGUUCAGAAUUCUUGCAAAAGUAAUGUACAGUUAAAAAUUUAUUUUCCAAGGUCUUGGAAGAUUAGGGAGAAGUGUGUUUUUCUUUUAGUUCCAGUAAUCCAGUAUUUGUGUUUAUCUUCAAAUACCUUUCUAAUAAUACAAUUUUUUUAUUUUUGCAGGCAGUAAUCACAGUGAGACGCCCUCUUUUUGUCCCAAUACCCCCUGUGAGUUUGUAUUCUCAUUCAGUUAAAUAGUUUUGAAAUUGUAACUUACAGAGGGUGGUUCUGGAAGUAAACUUCUAAGGAUUUUCUAUUACUUUCUAUAAUCUUAGAUAUGUGGGCAUUCUGAAAAAUUUUCCACUAAAGAGAGUUUUGGUAGCUUUUAGAAAGUAGAAGGAUUUGCAUUAGAGGAUUAUGCUCUCCUAUCAAUAUUUUGCCUCAAAUACAUUAUUUACCCAUGGAUAGGCCACAGGUUUUUAUUUGAAAAAAAGGGAUGAAACUUGGGGGCACAGCUUAGUAUACACUAUUGAAGCAUUUUGACACCAGCAUCAGUAAAGUUUUUUUCAAAUUGUUGUACUUCUCUAUUAUUUCAAAACAAACAUCACUUUAAAAUUACUUUAAUUGGUAAUUGGUUUCAUUACAACAGCUACGUGACCUCUGAUUGCAAUUCACUAAUUUUUUUUUUUCCACGAAAAUUAAUCAAAAAUUUGUGGUUCAGCCCAUGCAUGGGUGCAACAUAUGUGCUUGGUAAAUACAGAAAAUAUUUGCAUUCUGACUGUUUUCUAAGUAGAAUAUGAUAUUUUCAUUUCUUGAGUUAACACAACCCCAGCUUACCAUUUGUAGGUCACUUGACCAACUGUUAUAAAAGGCCUUUUCUGAUAAAUUGUUUCCUUUGGUUAGUUAUUUAUAAGUUAAGAAAAGGAUAACCCGGCACACUGACAAUUAAGUUUUUGGCUGUCAGUUUGAGAUAAACAAUCAACUGAUAUUACAGUUUUCAGCUUCAGAUUAGUAAUGAAACAAACAUUAAGUUUAGACUGAAAGCCAAAAGCUUCAGAUUUUAAGGUUGACUUUUGCUCAAAGAAUGGCCUUUUAUGGAAAGAUGAAUUUCAAGUCCUGGUUGCUCUUCUAUUUUAAAUCCACCAAAACUGGUUUAUCAUAAAGGAAUGCUAUUAUAAUAAUAAGACAAUGAUAUAGAGAAAAGUUUUUAAAACUGUUUCCCUUUUCGAUAGCAUGUUUUAGGAAGUGGUUGGUGGCAGGACUUUUCCUGGUCUUUGUUUGUACCAUAUACACUUUACAAUAUAAGGUGAGUUCCUUCAGGGGCCAGUGUCCCACAAUGAGGGUAUAAUUUAUUUUUAAAGAAGCAGUGGUGCUGCAUCAGUAAGGGGGAGUAACAAAGAUAAUUUGGUUUAACUCCCUCUGAUUCUCUUUGCUUUAAAAAAGGGCUUACUCCUAAGGGAUUGAUCCUGAUGAGCUCUCAGUGAAAUGAAGCCUUUUUGUUAUAACUUUAAUUAAUUAUUCUGGUUGAGUUUUCUGCUCAUAUAGCAGAUGUCUAUUUUAGCAUACAAGAGAAAUAUUAUUGCACCAGCUCUUGAUUGCUAAUCAAAUAUAUUCAUAUCUUUAAAAUCUUUUUGUUGUUUUAUGCCAUAGAUAUUUUCAUUCAUGACAAUCAAUAUCAGUACCUUCUAAUUUAUCUUUUUUCUCCAAAAUCCUGUGGAUGAUCAGAAACCUUUUUUAAUACUUUUUGCAGAUUUCUUCCUCCAGUAGAAUCCAAAGUAGAAUCCAAAGCAGAAGACAUUUCCAGUGAUAUACAGAAGGUGUGACACUCCUCCACCCUGGUCUUAUAUUUAUUUUUUAUUCCUAAAUUACAACCAAAAUACAGCAAAAGAAAUUUGGCAAAAGAGUUGGGCUCAGUUGUUUGAAGUUCUCAAAGCAUGGUUUCCUACAUUGCAUGUAAGUUAUAUUUACCCUAACCCAUUUUUAACAUGAUGCAAUUCAUGAAUAAAUUUCUCCGAUGAGAGCCGAUCAGAUUGCAAGGAUCACCAGCGAUUUCAAAAUGCAUGUAAUAAUGGCUAAAAUGCACCAAGGAGGUUAUGCCAGAAUGCAUCAAUUUCAACUAAUCACCUGUAGGUAGAUGUGAGUGACAGUGACAGAGAAAAUCAUUAAUUUCAACCUCAAUACUUGACAAUGACCAGAAGUUGAAUGGCAACACAGAAAGUACCAUUUUGUGACAUUUAUACAAAUUGUGACUAGAUUUUCAGCGCCAAUGGUUGUAUAGAUUGUCUACAAGUUUUUUUCAGUGACAAGAGUACACAGUUUGGCAUUCAUUGCAUGAUAAUGUUUGUUCUUGAUAUUGCAGCACAUGGCUAGUUCCUCUGGGCUGACACCCACAAGCUUCACCGCUCAGGAUGUAAAAGACCUGGAAGCAGGUAUACCUUUUCUUUUAAAAGAGCAUCAGUGAAGUUAAGUCUCAGAGGCCUAAAGUGACCCAUAAUUUUUGCUGCUUGUCUUCAGUUGCUAUAUCAUAGAAGGACUAGGAAUAAUGCCUCCAGGAUGGAGUGCUAGUUCAUAGCAAGUUAACCCCCUGCCACCCCUCUCUCCAAAAAUUCAUCUGAUUUUCACAGACAGUCUUAUAGAACCAAUUUUAUUCAUCUGGAUGGAGAUCAGAGGAGCAUUGUGAAAGCAAUUCAAAGUAUCUUGUGCAAGAAACUUAACACAAUGAUGCAACCAAUGUGUCUUGCUCCAGGCAGGCCACUGUGCCUGGUUACCAGUUUGUCACAGCAUUUUCUAUAGUUUGACUGCAAGAACCUUGGAUGCUCAAACGAUUAAAAAAAAUUCUUUUCACAAAACUCAUCUUUUAAAUAUAAUUUAUUUGUGUGUUGUGUUGUAGUUCACAGAAAUCCCCAAUCUCAGGAGUCAGCCCCAAAUGGAAGCACCCCUCCCAGUCAGCCCCUGAACAGUACAAGUCGAAACACAAGGCUGGCAAGAAUGGUACAGCAGGUUAGAGAAGUACUUCCUCAGGUUCCCUCAUCAGCUAUAUCAAGAGAUUUGAGUAAGUUGGUUUUAAUUACAAAAUUUGAGUAACUAUUUCUGUCAUGAAACCAAUUUGUAAUAUAUUGAUGAGUAGCACAAUCACCAUGCCCAUAGGGGGUUGACUGCAAACUUUCAAUGAUUUCUUCUGUUUUACAUUUUCAUUGAAGCCAAAUCUUUGCUUACAGGUAAAGUUCUUCUUAUUGAUUAUAGUAAAAGCAAAAAAUCAGAAAACCACAUUACUGUCUUUGAGAAAAUACCCGUGAAAGAUGAAAAAUCGAGCCAAUUUUGGUUGUAACGCGUAACACAAUCUCAGUGGUAAAAUUUUUUAAAUACAUUUUUCACUGAAAAGAAAGCUCGUUUGAGCAAACAAAUUACACCUAAUGAUAACACACAAUAAACACUACAUUUGAGCAAAACUUUGACAUUUCAAGUUUAUUAAAACGCAUAGAAAAGAUUCAUCAUUCUUAAGUAUCCUUUGUGUAACGCUGGGUUUCAGAAUUUGGAAGUAUACCAAGUUGUUGUCCGCAGAAUGACUGAACUGGAAUCCUGUGGGAACAAAAACACAUUAACCAGAUGCUCAUACUUGGUGUUCUAAGAUAGCGAAAAAUCAGUCUAAAGGAUUGACUAUAAACGGAGAAAUAUCAGUGUAAAACAGUCGCUACGGUUUUGUAAAACCUGAUUACACAAUAAUAUUUUUCAUCAACUUACCUGCUCCUUCGCUACUAUACUUCAAACACGGCAAAGUCGGGUUUCGAAAUCGAUAACACUUCAAUGCUCAUAAGUUUCUCUUGUCAUUUCCAAGUUUUCGGGUCCAUAUCUUUAGAAACGGCCAAAAUAUUCACUUUUGACCAAGUCGCUACGCUUUUUACCAUGUUGACGCCAUAUUGAGAACGGAGUCUCGCCACAAAUGCCACCAAAAGCGCUAUGAAAUCUGCUGUUUACUCCGCCAUUUUCGCCUUCAUCUUUUCAUCUCCGUGUCGAAAAUAGCUUGGUAACAUUUCCUAUUUUGGUUUCUGCGACGUUAUUAAGGGUCGGGGGUCUUCAAGCUCAAUAAUUUUUCUGAGAUUUAGCCAUCUGUAAAUAUCGCUUCAAGUGCGCUUGACAAGAGGUAUGGUUAACGAAAAGGAAGAAAAGCUUGCGAGGAUCAAAGAGUGGAGGAGGAAAAAGCAGGAAAAGAAUAGGCUAAGGAAUCUAAAAUACAAUGAAAAGAAUCGCAAAAAGAGAGCUGAAUUUCCAAGAGAAAAAUGGUGAUGUGAUCUUCAAGUUGUAAAAAGAGGCAAAGUCAGUUUUUAGAGUGCCAGUUGAUCUCACUAGGGAGAUACUAGCCUCCAUGUAAUACAAAAUGUUAUUAUUUCUACUUUUUACUGUGUCAGUGAACUCGAAAUUGAUUAUUUGUGAAAAAGACCACACCCACAAGGGAUUAUGGGUAAAUACAAAUUUGAAUCAAAUGUGACAAAAAUAAAAUAGUUUGAAAUAAAUCAGUUGUAAUAGUAAAUGUGAAUUUAAAUCAGACCUAAAGAAGUGAUUUUGUCCCAAACUAGCAAUUUUCACAUUUUCCAUACAUGUUACAGAAGUGGGUAUGGUGAUUGUGCUACUCAUCAUUAGACAAAUGGAACUUGAUUCCAGUUUUAUCUUUUCAAGAGAUUUUGAUUAGCUAGAUAUUUAACAAACUGUUCUGAAUGUUUUGUCUGUGCUGUAAAUCAUAAAUGAAUGAUUUAUUAAAAGCUAUAAUUUCUGUUUAUUAUGUUCGUUGGAGGGUUGUCGAUUACCUUGUAAAGGGAGGUGUGCCAACUACUUUUUCCACUCAUUGGUUAUAUUAUUGUGAAGUAAUAUGUUGCAUGUUUAAUCAGUGCUGUAAAUUGUUUAAUAUUAACAGCUAGAUAAAGUUUGUUACUCAUGUCAAUUGUGCAUCAUUUGAAGUUAAUCACUACAUCUUGCACAGUUAGAAGGAGUAUUUUAAGUACAGAGUAGAACAAUGCAAUGAUUUAAACCUUACAUCUACAUUGUAGCUUUUCAGUCAUUGCUCAUUGCUACAGAGUAAGCUGAAGAACUGAAGUGCACACAACCAACCAUAGUCUGACAUCUCCUUACCUUUUUAGCCCACCCCUCCUAAAUGCAUGGCAUGUUCUCUUUAUUCAAGGUCAGACACACUGUGUUGAUACAACUAUCACCAAUAUUUUGGAAGGAAGAGUCAGUUACACACCAGAGAAAGAGGACAGGGAAGCUAAGUCAGAUAGUGAUGGGAAGACUGCCUCUUCAGGGAAUGCUAAUGAAGUGAGUGUUUUUGUCAUGACAAUGAGUCAGGGCAAUCCAGUGUGUUUGUUUGUUCUUUUUUAAUCAAGACUAUUUCUUUCAGAAAACUUCAACUACACCUCAAAUAAAAUUUUCACGAAAUUCAGAGGAAAGGCAAAGACUUCUUAAUCAAAGGAAAGCACAAAUGCUUGAGAAUGCAAGAAGGUAAAAAAAAAAAACAUGGCAAAUUUCAUGCUAUAUAUAACACUGUUAUCACAAAUGUAAUGAAUGUACAGUCUAAUCCUAUUUACUAAAAUUGCACGAUUACUGGAAUAAUACAAUAAGGAUCAAGCAACAUGUAUUGACAGAGUGACAGGAGUGACAGAAGUAACCCAGAAUCAAAUUGGUUUUGUUUUACAUUGAUGUAGGACUGGUCCAGAAAACUAGUGCCACCCUCUUAGCCAGUCAGAUGCAAAAUUAAAGCCAAUCACAUCUUGGUUGUGUUUUCUCGUGCUUCAGACAGUUUGCUUGUUUUUACUUUUAGUUCUCAAUUGCCCCUUCCUUUGCUGUGAUUGGCUUUUGCAAUUACUUUCAAUGGGUGUUAGUUAACACUCCAUCCAAAGGGGUCUUAAAAUAACUUACCUUUCUUUUGUUUUUAUUUCAGGCGCUUUAGAGAUAAUCAGCUUUAAGACGAGGAACACUGAUGAUCAUAAUUAUUUUGUGUUUCUUGGAAGUCACCUGUUCCAUACUUCACUUUAAAGUUUGUUUUCCCUGAAAUACAUGUUAGUUUGAUUGGGGUAUCCUAGUCCCCAUCUUUGUUUAGCAUCUUUUGCUUCAAAUUCUUAGUCUAUAUAUAUUUAUCAUCCAUAAUUAUUAUUUUUAUCUUCCUGAUAAUUCAUACUUAGUCUGGCAGAUCUAUGAGUUUACAUUGUCUUUUCCCCAUUUCUGACUUUUUACCUGUGGCUUGGGGUAUUGUGUGCUAUAAGUAUGUUGUGUAAUGCCAGUUGAUAUUUAAUAGAAGAAGAUGACUUAAUUUUUAGAACAAGUAGUUUAUGAAUUGCUCCCUAUUAAUAAAUUUUCACACAAAAUCCAGAGUGAUGCACUAGGUGAAUUGAUUUUAGGAUAAAGUUUGUCAUGUACCUAAAGUAUGUGUACUUGACAUUCUAGCUGGGUGAUAGACUUGGAGAUAAAUAUUGGAAUGCAUACUGAGUCAAGAAAAAAUAGUAACCUACUGGGUAAGCAACAUGUUGGGUAUUGCUAAAAAUAUUUUUUCAGAUUUCAAUGUAAUGUUGUCGGAAUGUAUUGACCAACACCAACAUUUAGUAUUAUAGAAUAUUCACUUUUUUAAAAUUUCAAAAGAUAUCAGGCACAUACAGU